GCGUGAGUGCCUACCUUAUCUUCAUAUAGACCUAUUAUACGACUAAGACUUAUUAUGAAAGUCUGGGGCAGAUAUACCUUGAUUAAAUUAUGAAGAACCAAUCAUCCCACGAAACACCAGCAGCAGCGAUGUCACUCACAGACUUUGAAUGCUACUCUCUCGAUAUGUCCCCUGUGAACUGGAAUGAGCUACAACUCUCUAUGAACCUGUUUCCUGAGGGGGGUACCCUCCCAAUGUCCGGCGAGAGUCCCGAAAUCAACUCAUCAGCCGGCGACUCAAAAAUGAAUUCAAGCGAGGCGGAGACUGCCACGUAUUCCACCAUUGAUACACCAGGAGAUAGAUUCUCAGAUUGGAUAUAUAACUCCCCAAGUAUCGAACUUCAAUCGGCGGAGCUGCCAUUCAUUCCCGAUCAAUCAGGAACCGAACGAUCCCCAACUAGAUGUGACCGGUGUUUGAGCUUUGAAGACGAACUACUUCUGAUCCUAAGGGAUAGCCGAGGUAAGAAGUGGCAGGAGAUAAGUGCCUCUUUCGAGCAGCUUCUCGGAAAGCGAUAUCGUGCCCCGGCUCUGCAAAUACGGUACAUGCGGCUCCAAAAGCGACUGCGCCUGCAUACCGACGAAGAUAAAUCGGCAUUGUUUGAGGCUCAUGCUCACUGGGCGGACAUGAAAUGGCAGAUAAUAAGUGACAAGAUGAUAGAGCUUGGUCGUGGGAAUCAGUGGACACCCGCGUACUAUAUAUGUGUUUGUCUAUCGGCAUCCUACAUACUUGCGUGGAGGGAAAAGGGAGUCGUGAUACUCCAUUAGGUGCUAAUUCAUCUAGUGGAAAGCCCUAUCAGCAGCUUGCGUACUAUGACUGGCGAUUUACGGAUAUAACAACUCAUUCCUUCUCGUAAAGUAUUCGCAGUAUGGCGAAGACAUGAUUAAUUUGAUUAUUCUGUAUUUUGUUAGUAUUUGAGUAGUGUAUAUAACACGGCUUUCCUUUUAUUCAUCGGAAAGGACUCGAUUUAUCCCCAAUGAAAGGCCAACCUCAGGAUUGGGCUAUAUUUUGGAUUGAUCCCGGUUUACUAGAGCAAUCUAGUGGUAUCUAUAAGCCUUUCUUUAGA